AUGGCUUUCGACUCACAAUUCAUGGCCGUUGCCUCAAACUCAAACUAUAGUGUAUCUUUUUGGGUCUACUUUGUUGAUUGGAUCUUAUCUUUGGUUUUGGGACUAGCCUUUAUAUUUUAUUUUCAUAAACUCCUAGGAUUCAUAGUCACAUUAGUUUGCAAGCUUGUGCUAUGGAACGUUUACCGCAUCCGUGUCCAUAUCGAUGCAUUUAAAUUGUCGCCACUAGGGGGUCGACUAUUUUUGAAAAAUCUAACAAUAGUGACUGCCGAUACAACGGUUUCGAUAUUAAGUGUCACCUUCACUUGGAGAUAUUGGAUAUCCUCACUCACUAGAUUGUCAGGAUUUUACUGGGAUACAGACAGUGAGACUGGUGGUGUCUCUCAACGCCAGAAUGACAAGCUGCCGUGCAGGUUUGUGAUUGUAAUUGAGGGGAUGGAAAUAUUCACUUAUAAUAAGACGGCGGCCUAUGACAACAUAAUGGAUAUCUUGAAUGGGAAAAAAUCGAACGACAAAGAGAAUCAGGGGAAGGAACAGGGACAAAAGAGACGAGAGGGGGAAGAUGAACAAGAAAAGGAAUCAAGCUCCUCCUCAGCGCAGUAUGAUGUACAUGGUCAAAGUGAUGAAAAAGAACUGAAUGCCACAGAUUCUGAACCAUCAGAAGACCACAAUGCCCACACUAAACGUUCCUUACCCCUUCUAUUACAAAUAUUACCCGUGGACUUUAGGAUAAAAAAGGGGGCAUUUGUUGUUGGAAACGUCACCACGCCGUCCAUUUUGGUGGCAUCUUUCAAAUAUGGAAAAGGGUUGUUGGAUAUUAGCAAAGCACCAAACCCUGUCGACCACUAUAGAGUUUUGCAUGACUUGCAAUUUGAUGACUUCCAAGUUUGGAUUAGGCCCAAUAUUGGUUUCGACAAGUAUAGGUAUGGAAAAGAAGACCACGAAAAAAUGCAUUCUGACAGUGGUAGGUUGGAUAAUUUACGUGACAUAAAGUCAUACAAGCUUUGGUACAAGUUUUUGGUUGCAAGUAAAUGGAUUAGCCGAAAAGUACAGGAAAAAGUUUUGAGGAAACAACGACCUAAUGAGUUUGACCCAACAGAUCAGCUCGAUUGGAAGGGUUUGAAAAGGUAUGUUGGUGAUUCGGAAGACCCGAUAAUAACUACUGUUCUCACCAGCGAUGAGCAGUAUGCAAAAUACAGUUUGAUUCUUGAUUCAACGCUGACAAGGUUUGUAUACUAUUAUGACGCACAAGGAUUACAAACUACUAGCAAAAAAUGUAUGGAAAUGGCAGCACCGGAACUGGGAAUUGAAGUUGAAAUAUCAUUUGGUACAAUCCAUUAUGGCCCAUGGGCAGAUAGACAAAGAAUACCACUCCAAAACAUGCUAUUUCCGUCACUUGCGAGAGACUCGAGUCCUACAUCCGAUUUUUUGAAGACAGGUUUUAAGAGGGAUUAUGAGGGAUUUAAGGUAACCGUCAUUGUGAAAGAUGAGUUGGUGGUUCGAAUACCUACUAGAGAAGCAAGUAAAGACAAGGAAUUUUUAAAACAAAAUCAAAAUCAUCAAGCGUUUCAAAAAACUACUAGAUCAUUUGGUUGGCUUGAACUUAAGGUAGCAGAAGGCUCAAAUGUGGGACUGUUUACUUCUUUCGUAUCGAAUCCUGAAAAGGGGUUCCCCAAUAAGUUAAAGGUGAACCUAAGCAGCCCCGAAAUUAGAUCAUCAGUGAAUCAUGAUGUUUUGUAUUCGGCAGACUCGCAUGAAAUCAACGCCGACAUAGCUCUCCCCUUGAAAUGGAAUGGUCAGUGUAAUUGGUCUUUUGACCAAGUCAGUUUGAAUCCGAGAUUGUUUUUGCUAAGAGAACACCUUUUCUUGUUGUCAGAUCUUUUCACUGAUUUUGCUUCUGGUGAUCCACAACCAUAUGAGAAUUUUCGCCAAUUUUUGUACAGGAUAAAUUGGAAAUUGAUCAAUUUUGAACUAUACUUGAACGUGAACGAUUGUAAUAUCAUUAACAAUCCGUUGGAUUUCAAUAGUAACAAGUAUUUAUCAUUUCAGGGUGAAGAACUCAACAUUGACAUUGCCGUUCCUUUGAACGGUGCCAGCACCAAAAAAACAACAAUCUCAUACUCUUUGGAGACCCCGCACUUUGAUUUGAUUCUCGAUACUCCUCCCUGGCAUACCGUCAAUGCAUUUUUGAAAGGCUCGAAUGUUGUUGGAAAAAGUGGUCCGUUUCUGGUUCAAGGUGACUACACUUUUUAUAGCGCGGUUGAGGUCAAUACGUCAAACUGCAUAGAAAUCAACUGCAUUGGGGAUGACAUAUGCUUGAAAUUUUAUGGGUUUGUCAUUCGUUACUUGUUUGCAGUUAAAGACAACUAUUUUGGAGAACAUGUUCAUUUCAAAACGUUCGAGGAGUACAACUACGGUAGCAUGAGUUCUGAGUCUAUGAAAGAUACCCAAUCUCAAAGCAGUUCCGUACGAGAAGAGAAAGACUUAUGGAAAUUGCUCAAGACUGAAAACGAUGUGGAUGUACUUGUCAGAUUCCAAGUUCGGAAUGGGCUCAUGCUUUUGCCUCGUAACUUGUAUACCUGUGCAAGUCACAUAGGUUUGCAUUUUAAUAUGUUGGAUAUGGAUAUGCGCUUCUGCAAUUAUUACAUGGAUAUGCAAGUCGAUUUUGGUCCAAUUUCUGGAGUUAUGAAUGAUGAAUCAGAGGAGUCCGAAGAUAUCAUGAAUGUGAUGCAAUAUGUUGACAAAUAUAUGAAGCACCGAGUUGAUAUGCAAGUGGACGGAUUUACAGUUCAUUCACAUCGUAUGUUCAGUGCCCCUCCUGAAGAAGUAACUUUUUGGUGCAAGUGGGAUUUUAGUUUUGGAGAUUGGAUCAUUGAUAGCAGUCCUAUGUUCUUGCAGUACGUUAUCUCAGGUCUAACGAACUUUGGCGUUGGGUUCAAAGAUCAAGCUAACGCAUUGGAAGAACUAUUCCCGCCGGCUUUUGACGCAGCAAACUUUUCCAUUCGCUUUUCGAAAUUCAUUUUGAGAUUGAGGCCGGAUGCAUUGUCUAUGGUAGAAGUAGUGUUGGACGAUAUUUUGUUGUCCAUGAACGAUGUGCCUAACAUGAGAUACUCCAGCAAGUUGGUGGUUUCUAUACCGGAUAUCGGUGCAAAGGUGGUUGAAGUGGAUGCCAACAACAACGAAAGUUUAUUAGCUAUUGUCAAAACGUCUUUGGUCUUUACCAAUAUUUGUCAGAAAGCGGAUAUGGUUGGCUUGAGAGAAACUAGAGAGUUUCACGUCAGGGAUGGGGAUGCACCUUUCCAUAGAGCCCCAUUUCUUUUAUUUGAAGAUUUCAGAGAUUCGUUUUACAAGAGAAACAAGGGCUGCUUAUUGACAACGAUGUCUCUUCCCAAGGUGCACGUUCCCUUAACGGAAGCAACAUCAGAUAGGUGGAUGCCAAAAGACCUGCUGUCGUCAUUCAUGUCUGACACUACUUCUUUCACGUCGUCAAGCAAAAUGUCGGAUAUCGAGUUGCCAACAGUGAGCUAUUGUGAUGAAGACUUUUGCCCGACUUACCCAGUGGAUCCCGAUACUGAGUACGACAACUUUAUUGUCGAGAUUGGUGAUGUAGAAUCGUUUCUCAGUUCUGCGUCCUUACCUGCUGUUUACAAAGCCAUUCGAGAGUUUGAAGAUGUUAAUUUGGAAUCGAUAAUGGACCAAAUAGGAUCCACAACCAUCAAGGUUCUUCAAAGUCUUAUGCGUUCUUCCAAAGAAGUUAAAAAUUUACGAGUGGUCAAUCAUAAUCUUGCUUUACAAAUUGGCCGGCACUCUCUUGAAAAUGACAAUGCAUUGCAUGCUCCCCAUCGUGACAAAAACAGUGUAACCAUGAGGACGGCGAAUUUAUCUUUGGCCAUAUCGAGCAAGACGGAAUUUACGACAAAGACCGGCCAAAUCGAUUUAGAGGAGAGCAUAACCUUGGCCUACCAUUUGGGCUUUUUGUCCUUGAGCUGUCAACAGAAGGAUAUACACAAAGCAGCCUUGGUUUUGAAUGUGCAAGAUAUCGAAGGGUGGUUGAGCAAAAGUAAGGACAAUGUUGAGGGAUCGGCUCAGUAUGAUCACUUGGAUGGCGAUUUUGAUAUCGCACAGGCUCAUUGGUUGGCAGAUGAACUUCUGCAGAUGAGUGAGAGCUUCAAAUAUGAAUUAAAAGUGUUUGAAAACUUGCAAAGUAAGCAAGAAACACAUGCCAAUCUAGUUCAUGCCUUGACAAUUGCCUCCUCCGAAUAUGCCAUUGAUCAUGACCCGGAUGUUCUUACGCGUCCAGCGUACUUUUUGAGAUUGAAAUCAGAACAUGUGAGGUUCUUUGAUGGUUGGAAAGUAGUGGCGCGACUUCAGCAUAUUCUUCGUACUUUACCAAAGUCAUGGAUCGACGAAAUGUCAUCCAAAUUCAAAGCGCACGCUUACGAGCUUCCUAAGAAUGCUUUUGAGCAGGUCCUAGACAUCUUCUCAGGAUGGAGAGCAUGGGAGGCCAAUCAACAACAAAGACUUUACAUGUUUAAGCGAAUCUUUGGCAAAGAGGUUGUACCAGUUGCAAAGAAGAGCUCCAAGUUUAACAUUACGGGAAUCUUGACAUCACUAAGAAGUAGUAAUCGCAAAGACCCUACUUUUGUCAGUCUUGAUGAGCUUGAUCUUAGUUUCAAGAGUUUGUUCAACGAUUCAAGAGGAGAGCUUUCCGAGGUUGCUGAGAUUAUUGUCAAAUUGGAGAAUUAUGAAAGUAAAGUUACAAAAGACAUAUUCGAUCUUGUAAAAAUGGUUAGCACGAAGAGGCAUCGUGAGUCCACUGCGAACGAAAAUGCCACGUCUAUCGUAACACAACAGCCCGCUUCUGGAGAAACAAGUUCAAUAAAUCGCACCCUUACGAAAUCAAUAAAUGUUAUCAUUGAUGUGAAAGCAUUUGAACAAACGUUAUCCUUGCUUACCACGUCAGUGGGUAUUAGAUUGGAUAGUUUUUUCACUCAUAUUGAUUUCAGCAACAUUUCGAAAGGACUGAUUUAUGCUAUUGGUGCCAAUGAAGCGGAGAUAAGGAGCACUGUCAAUUCACGCAACGUGUUGACGCAGAAGCUCUUGGGUAUGCAAUUUUUAUUUGCGCAAUCUGACACGGCUCUACAUAUGGAUGUUGAAGUUGAGUCUUUACAGACAUUCCUUUACGACAAAAGCGACGACGUUGUGAAUACGUUGCGUACCGUUUUGGAAAAUGAUUAUUUGUACGUGAUGGAUUUAGUGGAAUUACUUCCAGAAGAUGCAGAUGGGGAAUCCUCCCUGCCAAAACCGACUAAAGUCGUCUCAACGUCGGUGAAGAUGACCGAGGUAAUCUGGAAUGUUGGGGUGCUUCACCCCCUUCACUUCUCAGGGGCCAUAUUGAACACCUCCCUCACAGCAUCUGUUGUGGAUGAAGUUCUAUCAACCAGGUUAAAAGUGGAAAAAGUUCGAAGCAACUUGGCUUUGAAUGGCAACAUAUUUGAAUUGCAUUCCGCGGACUUGAUGGCUUCAGUCUCGUUUGCAAAACAAGAAGAGGUUUCAACCCUAAACUCCAAUGUUUAUGUGGGAUAUUUCAAGGCAGUUGUACCAGAUAUAAACCGAGCCAUAAGAUUGGCAACCAAGGAUAAGGUAUUGAUCGAGGAAAAAGUCAAGAAUAUCUCAAACUUAAUUGACAUGGUUAAACCUGCAAAGAAGGUGAGGCAAAACAAACCAAAAAAAAUACCCUGUCUUUUCAAAAUGAAGUUUCGGAAUGACUAUCUUGAAAUAUCUGCCAUUGUUCAAAAGGCCAGUGUUGGCUUAGCAUUGGAAGGAUCGACAAUCAAUUUGAGUAAUGUUUCCCCCACUCAAGUUUCAGAAGGUAACUUCACAAACGGCAUGGUUCAAUUAUACGGUGAUAUUGCUCUACCAGCCAUUAGACUUACAUUGUUGGAAAAAGGUAUACCAAUAAGUCUAUCAAACAUCUUAGCACUCGGAAUAUCAGUGAGACUAUUCAACGAUAUGGACAUCCCCAAUAACCGGCAGAAUUUGCAAGUUGAGUCGCAGUAUUUUAGAGUGUGUUUGUCUGAGCCAGUUGUGGCUUCUUCACUUAUGGUGCUUGACGAGGUCAUGAAACAUUUUUCAAAUUUAAAAGAAAAACUGCAAUCUACACCCGAUGCAACCGAAUCUGCUGAUCCUCAAAGGAACUUAUUAGAGCUGUGGAUAUACACCAAGUUUCUGUCCUUCCAAUUUUUAUUUUAUGACUUUUGUGUAGGUUGGCUAUUCAAUGACGAGUCUAAGGAGAAUCCAGGAAUCAUCGUUGGUGCUGAAAAGUUCUUUGCGGCAACGGAAGAAAGUUUAGGAAAAUUCACUUUGAUGGGUUCCUAUGUUUCAAUUGCUAAUGGCAACCAGUCGUCUAAUUUCUACAGUACGGAAUCAGAACAAGCUCGUUUGAACAGAGCUUUCCUUCCAAUGUUGCAAUUGAUUUUCAUGAUUGAAAAACAUUCGAAAACAUCAAAACAUUUGAGGAUCACUUUACGUGGUGAUGAAGUUGAUGUUAAAUUCUUGUCCACAUCAGUUGGGGGUACUAUCCAAAAAUCGGCCAAGCAAGCUUCUAGAAUUCAGAAAUUCUUAGAUGGGAGGGAAAGGACACUCCCGGUGGAAGAAAAGAAGGACAUCACCGAAAACACAACAAAGCAGCCCACCGUCAACACCUCCUUUCAAUCAAUUGAGUUCAGCUCCACAUUUGCUGGAUCAAAUGUGUCAAUCUAUAGAGUGGAGGACGAUGAACAAGCAAACACACCAUCGUUGUAUUUGCAUGCCCCUGCUUUUAGAUCUUCUUUCAAAUUUACAAAAAUCACGGAUUCCAAAAACAAACUUAUGGGAGAAUUGGUGAUAUCACAAUCCGAAAACGUUUUGUUUCCAAAAUGUGUUCCAGUUUUCUUGGAUUUGGCCACUAGCACUAAAGACUUGAUGCGUAGUCCAAAAACAGACAAGGAAAAAACUGAGGAUGAUAAUUCAAAUAAUACAAAGUUUAUUGAAAGUUUACUUCAAGAAAUGGAUAUUCAUUUUGGACUUCGAAUUGAAAAACAAUUUCUAACACUUAGUUGUGAGCCUACAGCGAAAGUUGCUGCAAUUGUUGGACUUGAUGGUAUUCAGUUGCAAUUGAAUACAGACAAAGGAACGAACCCAAGCUUUACAACAUCAUUGUUGUUGGACUGGAUGUCAGCUUCGUUGCAGCAUAUAUACUCGAGAGAAAUCAGUGCCUCAAUGAAGGUUGAGAAAAUACUUUUGCUGAGUAACUUUGAAAUUGGAGCAAAAAACCAAAACAUUACGUCUGGAUGUAUGUCUGAAGUGGAUGGAUUUGUAAAUGUCAAACAAUACCAAGACGUGGAUUUAUUCAAGGAUAUUUGGUUUCCAAAAGAGUUGUUUGCGAUUUAUGCAACAGAAGAUGAGGAUGAAAGUGGCCAUGAAAAGGAGGACCAAUUUGCUUCAGAGUUGGCUCAAGAGAAAAACAUCUCAUCUAAAUUCAAAGAAGUAUCGACCACAUACGCUUUCCCCUGGAUUGUUCUUUUCGUUGCAAAUGUUAUCAAUCUCGAAGUUGAUUUCGGUCAGUCUUUAGGUGUGUCAACCUUGACAAUCGAAAAUUUUUGGGCAGUGUCCAAAAAGAGUCUCGAUUGGUCCCAGGAUUUGAAAGCAGGAAUCAACUCCAUCAAUUUAUCAUCAAAGGGGCGAUUAGGUGGGUUCUUGACCGUAAACGAUAUCAAUUUGCACACCGCUAUUAGCUGGAAACUCAAGGAUGGAGACACUUUGGAUGUACCAUUGAUUUUGUUAUCGGGAGGUGUCAACAAGCUAGCCGCAAAAGUGUCAUUUGAUUACAACGUUGUAGCAAUUGCUAACGUCGAAUGCUUUUCGAUGGAUAUAUACAACCGAAAGGGGGCAGUUGCAAUGGCCAAGGAUCACUUGUUUGUUACUACAAAAUUCAAUGUUGCAGAGCUAUACAUGACUUCAUUGACCGCUUCGAAUUUUGUUGAUAUUAGCAACACAAUAUCACGUAUGAUUCAGGAUAAUCGAAGGUCAUAUAAGGAAACCUUGAGAGACUCAAGCAGGGAUAAUUCCGUCAAUAACAAAACUAUGUCCAGAUCGUUUUCAAGUGAUGCAAUUCUAAAGACUAUCAAAAAAUUGCAGACCAAAAUUCAUCUCUCAGCUGGAAAGAUCUUGGUACAUAUUUACCCAUCAUCCAUCGAUAAUACUAAAGUGUUGGUGAUAAAUUUGGACGAGUCUCGAAUAAAAUUUCAACAAAAUGAGUAUGGACAUGGAGUGGCAAAUGAAAUGGAUGUGAAGUUUAAUGACUUGAAGGUUUCGUUAUCCACAGUUCCCCCGGUAGAUGAAGCGUUUGCAGAAAAGUGUACCGUGGAUGAGUUUGUUGAAGUUGCACACAAGGCCAAAGGUGGUAACAUUUUUGUCUUUCCUUCCUUUAGGAUAUCCAUGCGAACAUUUCAAAAGAAUGGCACUAAUGUGAUUGAGUAUUACUAUCAAUCGACUUUCAGCGGAACUGUUGACAUUAGAUGGAAUUUGGGAUCCGUCAACUUUAUCCGCGAGAUGUAUUUGAUUCAUUCAAAUGCGUUAGCUUCGAGAAUGGAGUAUCGACAUAGAAUGAGGACUCUUGAUGAUAUCGAAAACUCGAAAUCUGUUUUGAAGCAGCAAUUGAAUGCCGAGGAUCCAACCAAGGAUAUUGAUGAUGCAAUUCAAGAACGACUUGAAAAAGCAGAAACCAUGUCCAAAUUUAAAUACGUACCGUUGGCCCCACCUAUUAUAGAAGCUCCACAACUCAAAGAAUUAGGAAAUGCAACACCUCCAUUGGAAUGGUUUGGUUUGCAUCGUGACAAGUUUCCAAACUUUACGCAUGAGUUGGUUAUUGUAAAUUUGCAAAAGUUGGUUCACGAGAUUGAAGUACGUUAUUCAAAGACCCUUGGUAGGGCAUAA